UUAUUGUAAGUUGUAGACAUUCCUGCAGUACCCGUGCUGACUGACAUGUUGAAAAUAUAUCUAGUUUGUUUGUCUUACUUGUUGAUUGCAGCUGAUAGCCAUCGCUGCAAGCCGCAGUACUUGUUCAGCACCGAAGCAGAGGGCUGGCUGAAGCUGCACACGUACCCCGCUUCUUGGGAGAAAGCUCUCCAGAAAUGCGGCUACGAAGGCGCAGUGUUAGCGUCUCCACUAGACGCGGGGCUAGUGCACGCCCUUCGCUUAACAAUGGCUCAAAACGGAGUUAACGGUCCGAUCUUUCUAGGAACACAUAACUUACACUAUAGUGAUCACUUUGUUUCUGUGGAAGGAGUGCCGUUGUAUAACAUGGAAAUAAACUGGGCUCCACAAAUUAACCCAAAUGCAUCAGGGCUCUGUGUGACCAUGAUCGUGAAUGGACCCUCACAAUACAUGAAUGUCACUUCAUGCAAGGACUCGCUUCCCUACAUAUGCUAUAGGAGGCUCAACAGUAGUUGCAUGAACGAAUGUGGCACCUUUGACAGCGCAUACCACCUUAAUAAGCAGACUGGCAGCUGCUACAAGGUCCAUCAUAAGAAGGCGACUUGGCACAAUGCGUAUGAGAUAUGCGCUGCUGAGGGAGGCUACCUGGUCGUCAUCGACGAUGAGGAAGAGGCUCUCGUCAUCAAAAACAUGAUCCCUACUCCCCCCAAUGGCAGAGUUGACAAGUGGGAUUCAUUCUUCAUCGGCUUGUUUGCAUAUGGCGAUCCCCUUGACUGGAUGACAAUUAAUGGUGAUAGAAUAGACGAUGUGUAUAACGAUUGGGACCCUGGCCAGCCUGAUUACGGGGAUGGCAUCCAGCUUCAUGGAACUAUAAUCCGACCUGGUACUUUGGACAACGCCUACAGUGGGAGACCGCGCAUGUUCGUCUGCGAGAAGUCGCCUACAGCAUUACUAUUCGAGCCCUCACAAGUACAGUACUCUGAGAUUGAAGGAUCUGCGAGAUGUUGAAAUCUUCA